UAGCGUCUCCUGGAAACGAUGUCGUAUGAGUUACAAUCUCACUAUCUCCAGUGAGCUAAACAAAGAGGCCCUCUUUCUGAAAGCCCUAGCAAAACCUCAAUCACUUAACCAGAAAACAGAAAAUGGACGGCAACGCCGAGAUGGUACUCUACGUCGACGGCAGCGAUUGCGACCAAAAACAAAGACGAUUCUCUUUUCUGCCGACUAUCUACUCUCUGCGGCAAAGAGCCCGACGUGGCCGGCACUCUCGACGAAUGGGUAAAGCAAGGAAAGCCCCUCAAUAUGAACCAUAUCAUAUCCAUCGUCACUGAGUUCCGAAAAAUCAGGAAAUACCGGCACGCCAUCCAGUAAUAUGCAGUUAUAGGUACGUGGUGCCUCACUAAGUACCAUGGUGAGAAAAGUAAAGGUCUAGUGGAUGUACGAGUGAUUUGAACUAUCUGGAUCAAUGGAAGUUUAUUAGAAAUGCUAGCAGUACACUAAUAUGAUAUACGAUUGGGUGGAAAAAAGCAAAAUGAACGAUGCCGACCAUGCCAUACGCAUAGAUCUUCUUUACAAGAUGGAAGGUGUGGCCUCGGCGGAAAAGUACUUUAACAGCCUCAAAGGAUCAGCAAUGAUGCAUAAAACUUAUGGAACUCUUCUCCACUGUUACUGCAGGGAGAAAAUGUUAGAAAAGGCUAUGGAGCUUUUUAAGAAGAUAAAGGAGCUCAAUUUUAAUACAGCUUCAAGUUAUAAUAAUGUGAUGUUACUUUAUUCUAGUGUUGGACAGCCUGAAAAAGUCCCUUUGUUGUUUAAUGAAAUGGAGGAAAAGAACAUAUCUGCAGAUCUGUAUACGUAUGAUAGAUUGAUGAACAGCGAUGGUUCUUUGAAGGAUCUCGAUGCUGUGGAGCGCCAUGGAGAAAAUGGAAGCAAAUAAGAUAAAAUGUGAUUGGUUCACAUAUGUCAAUCUAGCUUCCAAUUUUGUCAAUGGAGGACUUAUUGAUAAGGCCACUGCUACUCUCCAAAAACUAGAGAAGAACAUGGAAAAUAACGCUUGACUGUGAGGCAUUCCAUUCUCUGAUCACAUUGUACUGACGAACCUCUUGUUUAUCAGGGGUUAAUAGAGCAUGGGAAUCUUUGAAGUUGAUAUAUCCAAAACACCCAAUAAUACAAGCUAUGGUAUCAUGCUUUCGGUUCUUUCAAAGUUGGGAGAUGUUGAUGGCCUUGAGAAGUGUUUCAGAGAGUGGGAAGCAGGUUGCCCAACCUAUGCUGGCAGGGCGUCGAAAAUCAGGUUGUUAAAAGCUUAUCUUAGUCGCGACAUGAUCAAAGAAGUGGAUGCGGCUUAUAAUAGUACUUUGGAUAGGGUGGGUGAACCCAAGUUGGGGACAUUGAAUUCGCUCAUCAUCAACUUCUGCUUGAAAAAUCACCAGAUGGAUUUGGCUCUGAAAUAUUUGGAGAUGGGGUGUCUCCAAAAUGAACCAGGAAAAGCUAAGUGGUUUCUAUCUGAUGAAGCUGUUAAUACAUUUCUGACAAACUUCGAGGAGAAAAAAGAUGUGGACGGUGCUGAGAAGUUCCGCAAGAACAUGAAGAAAAUUGGUCUCAACUCCAAAAUAAUUGAUUCCCUUCUUCUAACACAUACUGCUGCUGGAACAGAUGUACCUCAGAUUCGUCAGCGACUAGAAGAAUAUUGUAUGGAGAUGAGCCCCAAAAUGGAGAAGUUGCUUCAUGAACUCCAUUGCGACUAGGCUGCUUCAAGUUGAGAUCAAUCCGGGAUAAUAGAACACUGUUUUGAUUCUAAAAUUGCUAUUUUAUGACGUAUAAGUUAGGAAAUAGCAAUGUUCAACUAUCAUUCAAUCUUGAUUUCCAGUCUCAAACAAGCAAGAAGAGAUUUUCCUUUCCUCUCCUAUUUUCGGAGCAUAACUUUUAAGAUCAACCACAUCAGUACAUUCUGGGAGCUCUUUUGAUCUAUGCUUGCUUGAGCUCUGCAAGGUGAAGUUUAUUAGAAAUUUGUGUAUAUCUAGACAGGUAAUUUUAAGUGAUUUUUUAUGACAUGCUUCACGAGAAGAGAGUUUUAGUGCUCCCAUAAGUUCAAAAAUUUGUCUUUUAGGCUCCUUUUUUUUCGACAUAAAAUAUAUAUAUUUUUUAUUUUUUAUUUUUUGUUGUUUGGUAAAAGUUUAGACUUGAGAUUGAGAUCGAUUCCAUCAGAUGUGGCGUGUAAAAUAAUUUGUUGAAAAAUUUAUAGGGAAGUUAUUUUUGUUAAAAUUUUAAUAUAUAUAUUUUUUCUUCGUCAAUAUUACAACAACCAAACAACAAAAAAUAGAAAGAAAUGUUUUUUUAUUAAAAAACGGAGUCUGAAUUUGUUUGCAGGUGUAGACUUGUAGUGACAUGCUGCAUAAUUGUUAAGAUCAUAUGCUCAUACAUUUGCUUAUGCUGAAACGCAUGACAAUGUCUCCAAUGUGCCCAUUCAUGGAGAUAUUGUGAACAAUAAUGGUCAGACUCAAUUAGUCAAUUGAAUAAAAGCUUGUCCAACUAUUUGGAUUGUGGCUUUUUAUAACAAAAAAAAAAAAUCUAUUUCGAUUGGUUUGCCAUUCUGAUUUGUCUAGGGGUAAUGAUCUCAAUCAAAUGAUGGUGGACUCGACCCUUGGUGACCAAUUCUUGCUACUGUGGGUUAAAAAAAAAAAAAAAAAAAAAAAAAAAAAAAAAAAAAAAAAAAGAAAGAAAAACUAUUUGGAUUGGUUUGCCAUUCUGAUUUAUCUAGGGGUAAUGAUCUCAAUCAAAUGAUGGUGGACUCGACCCUUGGUGACCAAUUCUUGCUACUGUGGGUAAAAAAAAAAAAGAAAAAAAAGAAAAACUAUUUGGAUUGGUUUGCCAUUCUGAUUUAUCUAGGGGUAAUGAUCUCAAUCAAAUGAUGGUGGGCUCGACCCUUGGUGACCGAUUCUUGCUACUGUGGG